AUGAACCGAUUACCGAACACUUCGCAACGUGUGGUUAAACCAGGGGUGAAGAAAAGACGUCCCCCACUGGCCUGCAUUCAGUGCUAUCAACGCAAGCUUAAGUGCGGCAGAGAGCUCCCGUCUUGUAGCCGUUGCUCAAAGGCCGGAAAUGCCGAUGAGUGCGCCUACCGUGGGGACAAAGGGCGACGCACGUCGGUUGACGGUCUGUUGGGCGAUGGUCCCCCAAAAGGGGCUGAUGGUGCGGCAGCAUCUACCCGUAUGAAGGGUUCGUCAACAGGAACACUCGACAAUCAUGUAGCCUCUGCCAUCCAAGAAGUCGAUAUGACACAUCUGGAAGGGCAGGGGAACUCCACCAAAUUCUACGGGUAUAGCUAUCCCCUGAACCUUUACCAGCAGUUCACCGAUCUUCGGGCAUACAUCGUGAAGAUCAAGAUCCAAUAUCCCUCCAUCAACUCCCUUCGCGAUGAGAUUUAUGCUCCAUUCAACGAUAAGCAUCGACAUCGCCCGAUCUCAAAGCACGAUGCGCUGGAGAAUACUUUGAGACAGCUAAUACCCACAAAGCCAAUCAUGGAUAUACUGGUUCAGACCUAUACCGAACGCUAUGAGAUAACGCAUCGAGUUCUGCACAUACCAACAUUCAUCAUCAAGUAUAACGGCCACUGGGUUGAUCAGUCCACCACUCCUGUCCACUUUCUUGUCCAGAUGCUUUUAGUCGCUGCUACUGCUGCAAGCUGUCAUCCAGAAGUAUGUAUCGAUGUAUUCAGCCACAAGACAACUCACGAUCAUGUUCUUGGCUGGGUCGAGGUAGCGGAAGCAUGGCUUAGUUGUCAGUCAAGCCAACCCCCUCGUUCCUGGGACAUCCUGGUGAGCCACUGCCUUUUGCUGAUUGCUAAACGUGCAAACUUUAUCAAAGAGGGCUCCUUUUGGACCUCUUGCGGGACAUUAGUCCGGUGGGCCAUGGCAGCAGGAUAUCAUCGUGAAACUGUUUCCGCAGCCAGGAUACCGCCAUUCUGUCGAGAAAUGCGUCGAAGAUUGUGGGUGACAAUUGUCGAACUCGAUCUCCAGGCAUCGAUAGAACGUGGAAUGCCCCCAAGUGUCCGAAUAGGAGAUUUCAACAUCAAAACACCACUGAAUAUCGACGACAAAGGUCUUGAGGAGUCCCUGCAAGGCCCUUCAACCGGCAUGCCAAUUACUACAAUGACGAACACUUCUUUUCAAGCACUUCUCUAUCGAUCCUUGCCUGUGAGAUCAAGGAUAUGCGCCUUGAUCAAUGGAAGUUGCGAAGAGGUCGAUUUCGACAAGGUCUUAGAGCUAGAGGAGGAGCUAGGACAGGCACUUCGAGACAUUCCGGCAUGGGAUGACACCCAAGCUGAUCCACGACAGCGUCAGACCGCAACAUACAUAAAGAGCAUGCUAGGUAUCGUUCUGCACCAGUAUAUGCUUUUACUGCAUUUCCACUUCCUAGUCCAAACUCCCUCCUCACCUAAAGGUCUUAUGUGUCGUCGUGCGAGGUUAGAGGCUUCUACGAAGAUCCUCGACUACUAUCAGCGACUUUUGAACGACGAGGCAUUGCCAGAACAGGCAUGUAGGACAGGCUUAAUCCUUGCAGCACUGAACAUCUGCCAUGAAAUGUACCUCAAUAUUGGAUCUCGCGCUUAUACUUAUGAAGCCUACGAUCAAUCAACCAUCACGAUCUUUCCACAAAUUUCAGCAUUCCUUAUCGAAAAUGUUGAGAAAGUCUUGGAUAUUCUCGAAAAGCGGAUCUCACUCACAUUCAACGGCUUGAACGAAUAUUAUAUCAUGAGUAUGACUAUUGGUUUGAUCAAAGGCAAACUAUGGCCAGAGUCGGCCGCGAAAUCGGACAAAGAAGCUGGAGAGCGAGUAAUUAAACUGUGCGAGCUGAUUCACACACGUCAAGUAGCUCUUCGACAACAAUUGCCAUUUUCUGAGGCUUGUGAUGAUGACGGCUCAUGUGGGAAUCAGCUAUCAAUCGAUGCGAACUAUCUGAGUUCUGAUAUUAUGACCGAUAUCAUUAGCUCGAUGCUUCCACAGGACUUUGAUUUUAUCAACGACAAUCUUGAUCUCACUUUCUUCCAUGCAUAG